CUCCGGCCUCCGGCCUCCGGCCUCCGGCGGCUUCCGGCGCGGAACGGCAGGUCGCAUGCCACAGGGUGCCCUGAGCACUUGCUGCACGGAAUGGCCCAGCCAGAGAGGUGAUUGGUGGCAGUAUGAUGCCUUGCUACCGAGGCCGCGGUCCAGACGAGUUGCGGCACACGGUUCCUUCUUACGGACGAGUUUCGAUGAUGCCUUGACAAUCGAUUCGGCCGUGCUUCCAUUGGACAAAAUGGUGGCAAUCAAAGAUGCCUGCAAGCUUACUUUGGCGGAUCCCAACGACGCUGCAGGACCUUCCAAGAUCUUUCAGGACAACCUGAAGUCUGGGGCAUCCUGCGCAGAGAAAGUGGGAAGCAAUCUGCUGGCAGCAUCUCUAGGUGAAGGGACAGGAACGCGCUUCAAAGGAAAUCUCGAGGUGGAAUUGGGGUCCCAAGACCGAGAGGACCUGCAGGCUGUGCAGGACACUUGCCACGACUUUGCCUCGCUUCUUCUUCGCCGACUCGGACGCAAAGACAACGCGGCUGUAGGUCGGGCGGAUGCUACACGAGUCCUCAAAGCCUUCGGACGCUGUUUGCAGUCAAUGGGUGAGGGAACAACCCUCAUGGGCUGCGAGAUGGGUGGAGAUGGUGGUGAGGAUGAUGCUCUUUGUAAGGUGGAGGAGGGUGCAGAAGAGAAUGCCUCCUCUUGGUUUUAGCGAGAUCCGGAGAUUUGCCGCCGUUGCUGGGCCACGAAGGCCACGAAUGAUAACUCCAAGAGAG